AUGUCUGCGCCAGGUGGUGGUGCUCCCAGCCCUGCCCAGCGCAGUGGCAGCAUUGGGCCAAAUGCUUCAAUGCCACCAAUGUCUCAACAGCCCAUGAAUGCGAAUGCGCCUGUAGUGCAUACGCCGACGACGCCUGGUCCUUCGGGGCCGCCUCCGGCGCCGGUUUCGCAGCAGAACCUCAAUCAAAUUGUCAUAGACUACCUGGCCAAGAAAGGCUAUACGAGGACUGAGGCAAUGCUCCGCAUGGAGUCCGCCAGUCAAGAAAUCGACGGCCGAUCCUUACCCCAGUCUAACGAAAAUCAACGUCCAAAGUAUCAAGCUGGUUUUGAUCUUUUGAAGGUCUGGAUUGAAGAUAAUCUCGAUUUAUACAAGCCGGAACUUCGACGUGUGCUUUGGCCGCUGUUUGUCUAUUCCUUCCUCGAUCUGGCGACAGCCUUGUAUCCCCAGGAAGCGCAACAAUAUUUUGAAGCGAACAAAAAUCUUUUCCUUCCCGAGCAUGCAGAGGACAUACGCUCACUCCAAAAAAUCACCCUCCCUGAACAUGUCCAGGAUAACUCGACCGCGAAAUUGUACCGAGGAAACAAAUAUCGGUUGAUCCUCAGCAAUCCUGCCUUCUCAAAUUUGAUGCAGUUCCUGGAGAACAAGCAAAAAGAGGGCGGCUCUGUCAUGUCUGCUAUCAUGAGCAGCUACUGCAAUGUCAUCACGAAGGACCGAGCUGCAGACGAUCGGUUCAGUUUCGCUGCGAUGCUCGGUCGCUCGAGCGAAAGCCACACGUUUCCUGCCGAAGACGAGGGUAUUCCAGGCCACCAUCCAGGCUCGGCAUAUACUGGCGACAAUCCUGCGAUGACUGGUACAUUGCCAAGGCUGAGACUCGGAAAAUUCCCUCCAGAAGCAGAGUUGGAAAGCGAUGUUCGCGCAGAGCUCGAAGACCACGACUCCAAAAACCCUCCUGCACCUGGUCAAAAUUCUCUUAUUCAAGAGUAUGAUGAUAUGAUUAAGAAGGAGGAAGAUGAGGAGGCUCCCACGCAUGCAGAUGUUCCGUUUCCUCCAUCCACAGCCCGCGACGUUGCUAUGGAGGUGCAACGAGUCAAAGAAAAUCGCGACCGAUUUCGGAUCGAGGGCCGUUCUGGCGGCGUUGGCGUUGCAUGCUCAGUCUGCAUGUUCACAUUUCACAAUACCCACGAUCGCAUGAUCUGCCUUGAUUUCUCCGAUGACAACAUGCUGGUAGCUGCCGGUUUUGAAGACUCGUACAUUCGCGUCUGGAGCCUUGAUGGCCAGGCCAUCAGGCCGAGUCAUGAAGGCAUCGAAGAGUUUACCAGCCCGCCUUCCAACUCAAAACGUCUGUUUGGUCAUUCGGGCCCGAUUUACUCGGUCAAGUUUGCUCCUUCGGCACCUCGUUCAGAGGGUGAAAUAGCUCCAACCAACGCACGUUGGCUCCUCUCUUCUUCGGCCGAUAAAACUAUUCGACUGUGGUCGCUGGACCUGUGGCAGUGUAUGGUCAUCUAUAAAGGCCAUGAUCAGCCAGUUUGGGAUCUCAGCUGGGGACCUUUUGGCUAUUACUUUGUGUCUGGGGGCCACGACAAAACCGCUCGUCUCUGGGCCACUGACCGGAUCCGCCAACAGCGAAUCUUUGCCGGCCAUGAUCAAGAUGUCGAUUGCGUCUGUUUCCAUCCAAACUCGGCAUACGUUUUCACGGGAAGCUCUGACCGUACCGUCCGAAUGUGGGCAGUGACUACUGGAAAUGCAGUGCGCAUGUUCACUGGUCAUACUGGCAACAUCACUGCUCUUGCUUGCAGUCGCAGUGGGAAAUAUCUUGCAUCUGCCGAUGACCAAGGCUCUAUCUUCCUGUGGGAGCUUGCCUCGGGUCGUUUCGUGAAGCGCAUGCGUGGACACGGUAAGGGUGGUAUCUGGUCAUUGGACUGGAGUGUCGAGUCGACCGUGCUGGUCUCGUCUGGUGCCGAUAACACGGUGCGAGUUUGGGACAUUGCUCCUCCAGCCUCGGAGCCAACAUCCAACCAGACACGACUCGCGGCGGAUACUGGUAGCGGCACAAAGAUUGAUGCCAAUGCAGGGGGCUCCAGUACGCAGGCAUCGACUUCAGUUGGGCCUGGAAGCAGCAAAAAGAAGGGCAAAGAGAAUGUGGUGACCCCGGACCAAAUCAGCGCGUUUCCGACAAAGAAGAGUCCAGUUUACAAGGUCAAGUUCACGAACAUGAACCUUAUUGUUGCCGGAGGCGCUUACCUCCCUUAG